AAAAAGUGGACGCAUCUCUUUCGAUCUCAGCAUUGGAUCCUCACUUCCUCCUCUGAUCACCUUCUUCUUUCCACCUUCGAGAGCAAAUCCAGCUCCUCUUUCUGCGUAAUUCACUAGCAACCAAUCGCCAUGAUGCAGAUCAAAUUCGUCGCAGUGAUGGUAGUCAUGAUGGUCGCCAUUUGUUGCAUGGCAGCCGCCCAACAGGAUGACCUACAGAUUACCGAACGACAGAUAGUGGCAGAACUGGCAGCCCAGAUCCUACGCGUCACGCACGGCCCCUGGGGUGCAGCAGUUGCCCAGAAACGCAACUCGGGAAUGAUCAACUCAAUUCUAGGGAUACCAAAGGUCAUGGCUGAAGCUGGGAAGAAAUAAGAAAGACAGGGCCCCGGAAUCUAGGUUAGAAAAGGCUUACCGAUACAUCUCCAAGGGAAAUUGUAGAAUAUUAUCUUGUAAACUAAAUUUCCUGGACACCUACACGGACAUAACCAACUAAGUGGCAAGAACUGUAUUGCAUCUUCCAGUCAUAGUCAGUUGUAAUUAUGAAUAAUGAAAUCUAAAUUGAUCUUAUUACUUGUUUUAAACGCCUUCGGUCAUAAAAUGUUAUAUUAACAAUGAUUUAAAAUAAAGGUAAUAGAAUAA